UCAGGUCGGAAAAGUUCAUUAUCUUCAUGCCAUCGAGGGACUAACACAGUAUUCAUGGUCAGAAUAGAAUAAUCAUUCAUAGCCAUGCUCCUCCGUUCCCUCCAUCCUCUCUCGCUCAUUCUCUCCUUAUUCCUCUUCAUUCUUUUCUCAAUAACACUACUUCAGCUCAGGCGACUCCGACUCCGACGAAACAACUCAACCCACCACGGCCCUCCGACCUACCCUCUCAUCGGUUGCCUCAUCUCCUUCUACGCCAACCGUAAGAGCCUCCUCCAUUGGUACACUCACCUCCUCUCUCACUCUCCCACCAACACCAUCCUUGUACACCGCUUAGGUGCACCCAGGACCAUUAUCACUGCUAACCCGCAAAAUGUUGAGUACAUCCUCAAAACCAACUUCCUUAACUUCCCCAAAGGCAAGCCCUUCACCGACAUCCUCGGUGACUUCCUCGGACACGGAAUAUUCAACGUCGACGGCGAGCUCUGGCGGACCCAACGUAAACUGGCCGCCCACGAGUUCACUGGAAGGUCACUGAGGGAAUUUGUGAUCCACACACUGGAGGAGGAGGUGGGUCAGAGGCUUCUUCCGGUGAUGGAGGCUCUGUGUAUAAAACAACAAAUGGUGGACUUGCAGGAGCUACUAGCUAGAUUCUCGUUGAAUGUGAUCUGUAAAAUCACGUUAGGUGUUGAUAUUUGUUGCCUGGAUCCUUCUGUGCCUGCCUCGCCUCUUGCCAGAGCUUUCGAUGAGGCCUCGGAGAUAUCUGCGCGACGCGGAACGGCGCCUUUGUUCGUGAUAUGGAAGGUGAAGAGAUGGGUCGGGGCUGGAUCUGAACGAAGGCUUAAAGAAGCUGUGGGGGAGGUUAGGAGACGUGUGAUGGGAAUGAUUCGAGAGAGGAAGAAUAUGAGGAUGAGAAAAAUAAUGAACCAUGGGCGUGAAGAUCUCUUGUCACGCCUUAUAUGUCAAGGUUACGAGGAGAACAUGAUUAGAGAUAUGCUGAUAAGUUUCAUGAUGGCGGGAAGAGACACCACCUCGGCAGCUCUGACAUGGUUCUUCUGGUUGCUUUCUCAGCAUCCAGAAGUGGAGGAGCAGGUUGUGAGAGAGACCCAAGUUAGAGUAGAAGGGGAAUUAGAGUAUGAAUCAUUGAAGAAAUUGAAGUUCUUAAAGGCAUGUCUGUGUGAGUCAAUGAGGCUAUACCCACCUGUGCCCUGGGAUUCUAAGCAUGCCAUAGUUGAUGAUUUGCUUCCAGAUGGUACAGUGGUGAAGGCAGGAGAUAGGGUGACGUAUUUUCCUUAUGGGAUGGGGAGGAUGGAGGCAUUGUGGGGGAAGGACAGGUUGGAGUUUAGACCGGACCGGUGGUUCGUUGAAAGAGACAGCGUCCAAAGAACAAUGACAAAGGUGUCUCCUUUCAAGUUUCCUAUAUUUCAGGCUGGUCCCAGAGUGUGUCUUGGGAAGGACAUGGCUUUUAUACAGAUGAAGUAUGUGGCGUUUUCAAUUCUCCGGAGAUUCAGAAUCCGGCAUAUUAGCCCAGACCAGCCUUUAUUCGUGCCACUUCUCACGGCACACAUGGCCGGUGGCUUUAAUGUCUUGAUUUGCAAGAGGAAGAAGGAAACUGAUAGAUGAUGACUUUACAUGGGCUCAAUUCUAUUCCUUAUUUUGAAUAAAUUUCCGGAUAUUAAGUAAAGUCAAUGGUUCUUGGUCAAA